GAUGAAACCUGUCAGCCUCCUGAUGUUAGUAUACUGAAUCUGCCAAGAUGGAAAGAAAACGAGAUGGUUCACAUUCUUCGCUCCAAAGAUUUCAUCGUACAAACAUUGGUGAAUAAAACAAACUGUAAUCGACCACAAAAGCUGUUGUUUGAGUGGCGUUUAUCCAAGUAUAGUGUGGACCAAUCAAAUGACACUAUCAUCGAAACGACAACCACGUUGAACUCAAAAACUACAGAAUGGAACUUGCAAAAGCGACAGCUUGGUUAUGGCCUUUAUUUUGUGGAUUUUAAAGCAGCCCUUGAAAGUAACCCACCGGUUGUAAACAGUACUUUGGGAUUUUUUAACAUCACGAAAUCUCCAAUAAUAGCCGAUAUAUUAGGAGGAAACAAAGUCACUCGGGGAAAGGGAAGUGUCAUCACUUUGGAUGCUUCAGCAUCUAGGGACCCAGACGUGGAGCCUGGUAACUACACCUCCAUGCAGUUCACGUGGCUAUGUAAAAGACGAGAAGAAACUUUUCCCACCGGCCCUCUGGCUUCGGUUCCAGUAAUUACAGCGUCCUCGGGCCCCGGAGGAGGCGGUUGUUUUGGGACGGGUGUUGGAAAACUAGCUUCUAAUUUAACGGUGGUGACGUUAGAAACAUCUCUAAUGACUGUAGAUAGGUCUUAUGACGUCAAACUUGUAGUAACCAAGGAUGACCGAAAGGACGAAUUCGUACAAGAAAUCAAGAUUGUCAGCGGUAACCCGCCGAACGUAAUAAUCAGGUAACUAAUGGUGAUUAAAAGUAAUCAGCCUAAAGGAAAUUUAAAGCACUGAACCAUUGGUCUAUAGAUAACUUGGCUUGAUCAGGCAAUCCGCUGUUAGGGAAAUGUGUCUACGCUCUCUUCCCAAACUCGAGAGAGACAUGUGACUGAAUUACAGGUCGGCAGGAUGAUCAUGGCGACAGCAGCCACUUAAAGGGAUUAGCGCACGAUUGUAUCUGAGCAUCUCUCUCUCCCUCUGUAUAGAGUAGAUAUUAUCAGGUUAGCUGUGCCAUGCUGAUUAGAAGAGACCUUAACAAGACGAAACCGAUAUACACGGCUGCUAACUUAAUGACUUAUUUGACGUAUUUUUUUGACCAAAUGUUAGUGCUCUUGUCGCCUGAGCUUUAACAUAUCGUUCACCUUGUCAUCUGUCAGUGACCUUACUAUAUUAUAGAUCCAUUCACCUCAUCACGCACAGGGUGCUUAAUUGAACUCCUCGUCUUGUUUCAAGGUAAGGAAUUUCAAACUAAGCUUCCGUAUCUUUUCUUUCACUGCAGGUGCCUCAUCAACUGUGAUAAGAUUGCAAGUGAGUCGACGCGAAUCAGUUUGACCACCGAGUGCACUGGGGAUCCUUGUGAAAGAGCAAAAUACCACUGGCAGUUAAACGUUGUUCACUUUAGUGGCGUUGAGGACAAUGACAAGGAACUGAAAGACAAAGCAGAAACUAAUCUAAAUUCCACUGGCAUCAUCAUAAAGAAGAACCAACUAGGAGAGCUACCGCCAGGUCACUUUUAUCGAUUGAAAGUCGAAGUUUCACAACAGGGUGAACCCCCAGGAUAUGCCACUUACCAGUUCAGAAUUAACGCCCCACCUCAACAUGGAUCUUGCAGCGUGACACCAACAAAAGGAGAGGCUUUGAAAACGCAGUUUAAAUUUGAAUGCAGAAAUUGGCAGGUGAGAAUAUUGGAAAUAAAGCGAAAUGAUCAGAACGUCCGAGGAAAAGGAGUCACCUUCCAACAGAAGUAGAUGACAUUUGCCAUCGAGGGCGCAGUUUACGUCUAAUUAAUUAUGUAUGCAAGAAUUUUACCAAUCCAAGUCAAGCUUUGUUUUGCCUAAAUCUUAAAUCUGUUCCAUUUUCAAGGCGAGGAAAGUGAACUUAUUAUUCUUCUUUCUCCAUAUCUUUUUCUGUGUAGGACCGAGAUGAACCAAUUACUUACCAAUUCUAUUACAAAACCGAGAAUGGUGUGUACACAGUAAUUUCAUAUGGCUCAGAAAGUCUUGUCAAGACAGUGCUACCUCCGGGGAAGAUACAUAUUAAAGUAAUGGUGUCUGACCGUUUGUCUGCUACAAAUACUGCUUCUCUUGAAAUAGAGGUAAAUGCUCUAAUAUUUUGGAGAAUUUGUUUUUUGGUACGCCACAGACAACGGAGGACAGUCUAAAACAAAGUCAAGAAUUGCGUAAAUAUAUCUUAAGCUGUACCAUUUUUCACCCAUUGUAGAAAAUGAGAAAUUAGCCUCUGAUUGAUGUUAUCUUUUAACUUUUAUAGUAUCCUGCAAGUGUCUUGAAAUUUUAAUGCGUCAAUGGAAUUAGCGCUUAAAGUUACUAUUACUAUGCGUCAUAAAUUCCUACAAUUUGACCUUCAAAAAAAUUCGAGAAGUAUCCAGCGAUAGUACUAUAAAUUUUCAUUCUUAAUCGUCUUUAACGUCACCCAGGUUAAACCUGCACCCGCUAGUGAGAAUCUCAGCGAACUAACCGUCGGCAAUAGCAGUCUCUUCAACCAACUAGUCCAAGUAGGAGAUGUCCGUGGCGCCACACAACUGGCAAAUGCCGUGCUAGAGAGCGCUGAACAGAGAAAGUCAACUACCAUCCAGGAAAAGAUUGCUGUAGGUGAUAAAUUAACACCCACACAUUUGUUCACCGACAAUUCAUAAAUUGAGAGGAGAAAGGGAUCACCUCCCUUACGGUGUAAUUUAGUAUUAUCAACUGAGUUGAUAACGUAAAUCGGCCACCGUAAAGAGUUCAAAAGCUGAAGUUUUUGCCGUUAGCCUUUCGUCAGAGCGAAGGGCUAACGCUCGAAACGUCAACUUUUAAACCCUUUACGGUGGCCAAUUUACGUUUUCAACUCAGUUGAUAGUACUAAGUUACCCUGUUAUACUCUCCCACCGACGCACCACCGCAGUUUCUUUAGAAACUUACCCUUUUUAUUCAUUUACCUUCCUUACGAACUAGCCUCAUGAGUAAUCAAUCGCAUGGCGACUGUGAAAUACUGAAGGAUAAAAAUAUCUUAUUUAGAGUUCUAAGUUCUUCUUUGCCCCAAAGAUUUGGCUUUCUAUGGUUUAUCGAAGAUUUUCAGAGAUUUUCAUUCUCUCCGAUACGUGUGAUCAAGCAAACAAAAAGAGCCAUCUGACUUAUUCCUACAGAUUAAAGAUUCUGUUGUGAAGACUGUGUCAGAGAUACAAGUUGGCAAUUUACCAUCUUUGAUUCAAGUGACGUCAAUUAUUGCACGAGCAACACUGGAACCCAGCGAGGUGACAUUCGACACUCAGGUAUGAAUCGUUUGCAUGCAGAUGACCACGUGUUCAACACGCGAUAUAUUCUCUGGUACAUGGAUGGAAUAACAUUUUAAUUUAUAAUUCUAAACACGCGAUCCCCUCUAAAUGCUAUUCGUCUACUAACGAUAAAACUUUCAAGGGCAUAAUUCGAAACUUUUGACAAAAAAAUGCAUUUUGUUUUCACCAGAAACUUGCACUGAAAACACUCACCUCUAUGACGUCACUACUUUCAAGUAAGACGACAGAAGAUUAUGCUUCAGAAUAUGUCUUAGUUGACGAAGGAGGAGAGAACCUGGUACUGGGCCUCGGCAAUCUUCUCCAUUCCACUGCCCAGAAGGCUGAUGUUGUCGGUCAAACAAAAGAGCCAACGGACGUACGAUCUAAGGUUAGUUUCGAACUUACCGAAUCUGUAUGCGUUCUAUCCCAGAAAAAUGUGACUGACGACAUGAUAACAAUAACGUUUUCUUGAGAACCUGAUCAGAAGGUCAAAUAUAUCUUUUUGGAACAAGUUAAACCAUGGCACCUGCAAGCAUUUUUUAAAUCUAAUACUGCAGAGUGAAAACAUCUCCAGAGACACGGAGAAACUCAUUGAUGACGUUGCAACAGCUCUGUUGUCAAAGAUGAUAGUGGAUCAAGAACCUCGCCGUAUUAAUACUAAGUCCAUCAACAUGGAACUAAGCCGAAUGAGCUCCAGAUCAAGGGGAACCAGUGCAGACUUCACAGACGAUGAUAGGGCAGGAUUUAAAUUUUCUCUUGCUGCCAUAACUGAUGACAAAGUGACAACUCCUGAAUAUAUAGAUAGCGUGGUAAGCCUGCAUUGGUUUCCUUGAAUGUAGUUAGUCCUGUAUAAGACAAAAAGCGCGGCGUCUCUAGAACUUUAAACUUUACUUUAAUAUUUUCUCUGGGUUUACACAUACUCAGAAUGCUUUCGUAAACGCCAUCUCGCACCAGAACUGCAUAGUGUAAAUGCUGAAUAAUAUGUAUUCACAAUAGUCGUGUCUUUUUACAGUUGACGAUGAGUGCUUUUAAUCCUUUCACUUGGGAUAACAGUUCAGCUGUUGUCAGGGAUUCUCAUGUCCUUAGUUUGAACCUUAAAGAUGACGAAGGAGAACCUUUAAUAGUCAAAGACAGCAGAGAGGAUAUAGAGAUCAAGAUUCCACGGAAAGUGAGAUUUACUCCAGAGGAAAGAGUUUCGUUCUUUGUGAAGCCCAGCAGUGAGGGGAAAAUGCAAUACCAUGAAAUAAACUCACCAGGUGUAAGAGGGAACGCUCUACGGCUGCGAGUAAGUAUUGUUGUCUAACCCGUUUAUUCAGAAUCUUUCAGACACAGGCUCCUUUGUAUCCGUCAAUGAGUGGAACAUGGGCCGGUUGAAUGGUCGGUUACAUGGUUGAUUGGCUGGCUACAGUCCUGGUCUUGCGUGAGCUUUGAACAAAUUGAUGCACAUGACAACUGAACACGCGAAUUAGAAAUUAAUUAAGUGUUAAAAGAUUAAAAAAAACAGCAGGCUCUGAAAUGGGAGAUGAGCCACGGUGGAAAAGUCUGAUAGAACUUUGGAAAAAUUUAUGAAAGAAGAAAUAACACUUAAAACGCAGCAGAGUCUUCUAUCCACAAAAAGCACAAAACUGUUCACAAAUUUUGACUGAUAAUGCAACACCCUAACCAGUGAGUUACGUGUAAGUGAUGACUGGCAUUAAGCUGAUCCAUCGCUUUGAAAUUUCGGUAAGAAUAACACAUAGCAAAAUCAUACUGCCAGGGUAAUCAGUAAUAAAUCCGUUUUCAGAUCACACCAGAAAGACCCACCAUCUUUAAGGUGUUUGUGCGACAAGGUCAGCGGCCAACUGUCACAGAAUACGACCUAACCAAGAGAAUCCCCGAUGAGUCGUGUUCCAUAUCUCCUCAGGCUUCUCAGCGUGGUUGCAGCGAAGAAGCCUACGAUGUUGUCUUGUACCAUGAACUAAUCAGUGAGGCGGGUAAAUACUACAUCGGUAUAUUAUACGAAGGAGGCAGCGUUAGACCUCAGGGACGAAAGAAACGAUCAUGCUUCGGAAGUGGUCGGCAGAAGAGGUCGUGUGUGGAAAUCAAGGAUCCUCCAAGGCCCGAGAACAAGACAAUAAAGCCUGUUUACAACUCAAGAACAGACAUGAAUUACUCGAUGAACAUUUUGGAGGAGAGUUGCGUCUUUUGGGACAGCAGAGAAGAACACUGGUUGUCGACAGGAUGUAGAGUAAGAGUUUUUGAAAAAAAUUCAUCUGCAGACAUUUUUUUUUCCUCUCAUACGACAAUCUUUUUUCCAUUUGGUUGACGUUUGGUAAUCUCUUAGGAAAUUUACGUACCUAAUAACAUUCCGUCGAAGGAGCUAAAUGAACGUCGAGAAGUUUAUUGAUUCGUGUUCUUAACUGAUCAAAUGUCUUUAAAAAUACGUUACCACUUUCGUAGAUUUGAUGAAGUUAUCGUCCUAGCUGUGAAUAGUAAUCUUCUCUACUUGAAUAACGGACAAGAGCAGUUGACUUAAAUCUUUACAGUUUAUUUGUCUUUUAUUGAAGGUAGGACCAAAAUCUGAUUUAGGAUCCUUACACUGCCUGUGUAACCACUUAACGUCAUUUGGAGGAGGUGUCCUGGUGAUGCCUAACACGUUGGAUUUUGAUGUCGUGUUUACAGAACUCGGACGACUCGACCAGACUGGAAACGUUGCUGUCCUUUGUACGAUAAUCAUUGUGCUGCUGUUGUAUUUGCUUGUGGUGAUAUUCGCAAGGAAAGCCGAUAAACGAGAUCAAGCUAAGGUAGCUCCGUGUUCUCCUUGUUUUUGUAAACUGAAUUCAAAGUCUCAAAUAUUAAUUCUCACGAAACAUUUUCUGUGCUAAAUUACGUUUUAAAUAUUUACUCGAUAUGCAAGGGUCAUUUGAUCUAUGGAGUAACACCUAGCAAUAUUAUGACGAUACGCCUCCUCACCUGUAUGAAAUCAUCUUUUCAUACUUCCAACUUACAUUUUGUGCUUUCAUACCGAAAGGCGAAUUUCUCUUUGACUCCCUAAAGUCAUCUUUUUUUUUUAUUAUCAUUAUUUUAUGUUUUUCCACAGAGAGGCCCGGCGCUCCAUUUAACUUUGACCCAGGAGGCUUCCUAUGAGUACGAUUUGACCGUGGUAACGGGAGUCUGGAGAGAGUCUGGGACGGAUGCCAAUGUCGCCAUCGUCAUUCAUGGAAGCGAGGCGGAGAGUCAACCCAUAGUAUUACAAAAGGACAUGAUCAACUCCAGGAAAAUUUUGGCUCGCGGAAACGAAGAUAGAUUUGUUAUUCAUUUACCAAUGUCACUAGGGAUUAUGCAAUACAUCCGCGUUUGGCAUGACAACUCAGGAAAGAGUCCUUCUUGGUAUUUCAGCCAUGCUGUUGUGAAGGACCGCCAAACAGGGAAAAAAUGGACAUUUAUAAGCAACAGUUGGCUGGCUUUGGAAAAAGGAGACGGUAAAAUUGACAGGAUUUUAACACCUCUCUCUAGUCGAGAGAUGAAGACUUUUAAACGCUCUCUCAACUCACGAGGCUCAAAGAGUUUUUCUGAGGGACAUUUGUGGCUCUCUGUUAUAACUAAGCCACCGGGGAACAAAUUCACACGCGUCCAACGAGCUACAUGUUGCUUGUGUCUUCUUCUGUCUGCGAUGCUUGCGAAUGCUCUUUUCUACAGGACUGAAAAGACAGGAGAUCCUACCAUACAGAUUGGUCCAUUGAAGUUCAGCUGGAGGCAGAUUGUGGUGGGCAUUGAGAGUGCUCUGAUAGUUACUCCUGUGAACUUGCUCAUCGCGUCAUUGUUCAAAAAUAGUGCGAAAAAACCUUUAAAUAAAGUUGAUGUGACCAAGCUGGAAGAUGCGCCUGAGCCUGUGCGACGCAACAGUUAUUCUUCCUUAGGCUGCGAAGAGGACACAAGCGGCGUAAAAGCUGCAUCGAAAAGUAAUACUUCCUUCUGGACAAGAACACGAGAACGAAUGUGUGGCAAAACCAAAAAGGACUUCAUUUGUCCUCAUUUCUGUAUCUACAUUGCUUGGUUUCUAAGUCUUGCUACUGUGUCUGUAUCUGCGUGCUUUACUUUUUUCUUCAGCUUAAUGUGGGGAAAAGACAUUGCAAACCAGUGGUUGUCCUCUAUGUUAGUUUCUUUCACUGAGGAUCUGUUCGUUCUUCAACCAACCAAAAUAGUUCUUCUCAUGGUUCUAGCUGCAUGUUUCCUUAGCAACCGUAAUGACGCUGACUUUCGUCAUGUUAAAAACCACGAGACAACUGCACAAUUAUCUUCUUUGGGAACAGAAGUUGCAUGUGACAACCAAGGUAGAACAGUUGAAAUCCCGAAGGAAGCUGCGCUUGAACAAGCCAGAGAAUACAGAGUAAAGGAGGCAAAGAUGUAUUCCUUUGGUAGAGAACUUGUGGUGUAUCUACUGUUCUUACUGCUACUAACAAUCCUUUGUUACGGUAACAGAAGUUACCAUGGAUAUCUCAUGACUAAGAAUCUAAAAGACACCUUCAGCAAUUAUUCAUUGGUAAGUAUUCAACAAAGCUAAAACAAAGAGGAAUUUAACGAACUUUGCUUAGUCCCGAGUCUCUGUGCGGAUUUCUCCUCAGUCCUAUAAAAAAAUUACCUAAAUUAAGCAAAAUUAUGCUAGGACAUCAACAUUUCGAUACGAAGAUCACCGGAGUAAUUCCGGUGCUCCUUUGCAUGAAGUGCUUAAGCAGAGUUUCAAAAUUAAUGAAGUAUAGUAGCCUUUUAUGCCUCGGUUGAUUGCCACGUGUCAGCAAUUGGACACUCGGUUCCCAACAUACUGGAUCUCACAAAUGCAACAAACUGCACCGACGGUCAUUCGAAUAAAGUGAAGAGAAGUAAAUCAUUAUGUGAGCUCUUUUGGUUCUUCUUCAGGCCAAAGAUCCCAGGAUCUUUUGGACUUGGCUGAGUGGUCAGUUUGUGAAUGGCAUUUAUGCUGGUAAGUGGUACAAUGAUGAGAGAGUCAAAGAGCAAGAGUACAUUGGUGACAAGAUGUCCAUUCUCCUGGGAUUGCCUCGUUUAAGGCAGCUGAGAGUACAGAAAGGCAAGUCAGAUAGUCUAAUCAUCUCCAAAACAGCUCUUGUAAGGAUGUAUAUCACAAAUCGCUCUCUCAGUGAAAACAAAUAGAAAUUUGCAUUUGCUGGUUUUUAUUUCGGUUGUAUAUUUUAAAUUAACUAGUACUGUCCAAUAAAGACAAUUUUCUCGAAGAAAACGUUUUAGGAGCCAUCGUUGAACCACAAUCAACGUUGCUAAUUUUUCCUGGUGUUGCUGUUUUAGAUUCUUGCUUGAUCCCGGAGCAGUUACAAGAGGUAGUAAAGCACUGCAAUGGCUUCUACAGCGUCAACGAAGAGGACAGAACUCAUUUUCAUCUACCUGGAUGGAUGCCAUUUACAGGCUCGGUUUCGUGGGCUAACUUUUCAGAUCUUUGCCCGGCCCCAUGGCGUUACGUAAAAAAGGAAAAGAUCCAGAACUCGCCAAGCUGGGGUUUCUUUCACGUUUAUGACGGGGGUGGAUACAUAGCAGAUUUAGGUUAUAGUAAACUCACUGCUGACAGAAUUAUUACUAACUUGAGACAAUACGAUUGGGUCGACCGCCAGACCCGCGCAGUGUUACUUGAAUUCUCCAUUUAUAAUCCAAACACAGGAUACAUCAGCAUAUCGACAUAUCAUUACGAAGUACUCCCCACUGGGUACGGUAAUCCUUUCGCAAAGAUCGACACGCUUCUAUUGACGAGCACGGAAACUGGUUUCCACCGGUUCUACCUGAUUUGUCAGUUACUGUUCAUCCUCAUGGUAAUCUUCUUUGUGCUAAAAGAGGUUUAUAAUAUCUUUAAGCAGAAAUGUUCUUAUUUCCGAAAUGCAUGGAAUUGGGUGCAGAUUUUGCAAAUCAUUUUUUCUUUUCUGGUGGUAGUUUUCUAUGUUUUAAAAUCACAAAUGGUUCUGAAAAGUGUCGUAAAAGUAAAGAAAAACCCUUUUGCUUCUGUAAGUUUCGGGGAGGCCGUUGACUGGAACCACGCAGAGAAUUCCGUUUUAGCUCUGACGGUUUUCACAACAACUGUGAAACUUCUGCGCAUGAUCCGUUUUAAUCCACACGUCAGCAUAAUGAUGUCAUCACUUCGUUUAUCAAGAGGAUUACUCAUGUCAUACUCUGUGAUAUUUGCCAUUAUUAUCUUCUCAUAUGCUCAGUUUGGUAGACUAGCUUUUGGUGAGUACAUGCUGCGUUAUUCAUCGUUUCAAAGAACGGUGUUUUCCGAAUUUGUCAUGUGCCUCGGCGGAAAAAUGGACUUGGAAGAACUGCGACGAGCGAAUCGAGUUCUAGGUCCCCUGUUUGGAUUUUCUUUCCUUACUCUUAUGUCGUUCAUUUUCGUCAACUUUUUUGUUGCCAUUCUAAAUGAUUCUUAUGAGGACAUCAGAGAAAAUACGGACAAACAGUCGAAAGACUUUGAAAUGCACGACUUUAUAUUGGAAAGACUACGUGAACUUUUAGGGUUUAAUAAAGAAACUGAACGAGAAAAUGACAAUGAUAAUAACACUGACCUGCUUGAACAUCCAGUACCUCAGGAAAAUGUCCCACAUGGAAAACUAACAUUAACAUCUGUAGUCGUCUACUCUCAGAGACUUCGUCAUAUGGCAAGACGCAAACAACUGCGAAUUUCCAAAUUAAAAGAAGAGAACCAUACUAAAAGAAGAGCGAACGUGGUUAGAUUUGAGUGCGAGAGACCGACAACAAUGGCUGAUGCAGAGACACGAAAAAGAACAAUUCAGAAACUGAAAUGUGUCACAUCAAGCUUGUUUAUCAUGAAGUCCUUAGCGCAAGAGAGGAUGUUGGGGAGAAUGUCUGAUUUAAUCGAGAAACUUGCAAUGGACGAAGUGCAACGAGAUGAAGAGCUUCUUUUUAUAAUCCGGUUUUUACUUCUAAUGAAUAUGAACUACGACGACUGUUCUAGUAUACGUGGCCCAGAGGAGACUUCUUCAAUCGAUGACAUUGCCAUUUCUUCAUUGACAACACCGUUAUCUUCGCCAAUAUCCGGGAUCGACAAGACAAGAGGUGAACCGGUAGAUACCUCUGACGAUGAAACGUUAGGCCUUCUUCGAAGAAGAGAAUUUUCGCGUCCGUUGCCGUAUCACUUGAGGGGUAUGGAGCUUCGUGAACAACUCCGAUCAACUUUGGCAACUAAAAGAAGUAAAAGGGUCAGGCCGAGGCCGUCGAACUCUUUGAUCUAUAAAUACUACUCGUUCCUUUGA